GCAUGCCAGUUUCCGUAGUUCUGUAGUUGCGCGCAGUUCGUCAUACGUAGUUCCCUGUGGAUAACGGAUCUCACAGCGAAACCUACAUGAGGCUCAGUUCUUCAUCGACCGCACAACGGCUCUAACUCCUCUCGUGACCAUUGUCCAUCGCCUUCGAACCGUUCCUGCUCCACGGUUCCAGCGACCUUGACAAUGACGCUAGAUACCACGCGUUUGACGUACAUGUCGGCGGCAGCGGUUGGCGCCGGGACGGUGGUCGUGUUCCUGUGGUGGUGGUGGACCAGCAGGCAGAAGGACAAACUACCCUCGGAAUGGCGGAGGGUCGGAGAACUCAGUAACAUGCUCGUGUUCCCGGUGAAGUCGCUUGGGCCUAUACGAAUGAACGCGAUGGAGUGCACGCAGCUGGGUCUGAAAUCUGGCUGGUUGAGGGACAGGACGUUGAUGCUCAUCGAUCUUAAUGGACGCUUUGUUACUGCCAGACAGCAUCCGAAAAUGGUUCAGGUAUCGCCCAGUGUUACUGAAUCGGUUCUCACGCUAUCAGCUCCUGGAAUGAUGUCCAUGUCCAUCGAUCUGUCGCAAGUCAACGGCAAAGGAUUCCGCGUGGCGGUGUGGGGUCAACCCGUGCAAGCGUGCGACUGCGGCGAAGAAGCUGCCCGAUGGUUGUCGCGCUUCAUCCUCCAGGAAGACACCGGUUUUCGAUUGGUUUACUACCCGUUAAGUCAUCCUACCAGGGAGGUCAGGCAGAAGAACAAGUAUUUCCCGUUGACCUGCGAGGACACUGGUGCCUAUCCGGACGCUACAAGUUAUAAUCUGAUAAACGAGAGUUCGGUGGCCGAGUUGAACUCUCGGUUGGACAAUCCGGUUAUCUGGGAACAGUUUCGUCCGAACUUCGUAGUGAAAGGCGCUGUGCCGUAUGAAGAGGACAGUUGGGAGUGGGUGAAGAUCGGAGACGUGAUCUUCAAGAACGUGAUGCCCUGCACCAGAUGCAUUUUUACAACCAUCGAUCCGGAAACUGGGAAAAAGGACCCGAAAGCGGAGCCGUUGAAAACGCUGAAAAGUUACAGGCAAAUAACGGAUCCACUUUACCGUCCAAUGACCGGCGAGAGUCCAGUGAUGGGGAUUCACCUUGGGCUUAGAUCCCCUGGUGGGACGGUGCGCAUAGGGGAUCCAAUUUACGUCGGAGUACCUGAUAAGAAACCACCAUUGAUCUCGCCUCCAUAGCUACAUCGGUGGGCUUCAUGCGAGGACGAAAUGUUCGUCUUUGCGGAAGCCCAACCCUCGCCAAAAAAAGAUUUGGCCAAAGACUCAACGCAAGAAAGCUCGUAGCGAGUGCAAACGAGGCCUAAUUCGCGAGAGACGCUACUCGUGGAUCUUCCAGUCGGAAACAAUAAUAGCGUACAUGAAAGUGUUCACGCGACCGUGUGAUAGAUAAUAUUUCUACGAAUAUUAUUUUGCCGAUUAUAAUGUGCUUAAAAUGAUCGAGUUUCCUCGAGUGUAUUUUUUCUAAAUAUUGAAUCAACGUUGCCAAAGUCAACGAUCGUUGUUUGUAACGAAGUAUACUAAUAGGAAAUAAAUGAAGGAAGCGUGUCUUCCAUUUCGAUAGAA